GGAUACAGUGAUGGUCUGAACCAGAAUGGAGAGUCGGUAAUGGACUCGGCUGGUAUAGGGUAGCUGGAACCUGGAGAUGAACUUCGGGUUAGUUAUUUUCACAAGCGCACAAGGGAUAGGAAUGAUUUGUGUAUUGGGAAGAAAAUUUACAUUCUAGUGCUAUCUUUGCUUUGUCAAACCCUUGAGUGAGACUCGGGGUUUGUUUAAAUGAGAGAAGAAACAUGUUUCGGAAUGUAGCUGAUAAGUAAGUGGAAUGCGGACAGAAUCCCAGAAGUUCAGAUCGCUUUACAUGGGAUGAUCUAUGAUGAUUCAAGACAAACUUGAACUAUUGGCCCCCCACCCGAUACGAAAUUUCAUAGAGCGGUUACGUUGUUGGAACGGUCACUGUCUGUUGUGGAGCGCAACACCUAAGUCCUCUGAAAGUUUUGCAGCCAUCCACCGCUAAACUUAUGCAAGUCACCGUUACUGAGCAACAAGAAGGGAUAUACUGAAGAAUAAUCGUAAAUAGGCCAAAUAUGCAUUGCUGCGUGGAAUCACAAAUACAGCUGUCAGGGUUAUAUAUCGAGGAUUGAGCGUCAUCACCCACCGACCCACAAACAUAAAUGUAAAUCCCCUAAAAUGUGUAGUCUCAUACGUUUACAAAGGAAGCCGUGCAAACAGCCAUCCAAACUGUGAUCUGUCUACAGCUGUGCAUGUGGCGGACCGACCCGGAACCCUCCCCUGCAGGUCACCCCUGAUCCGAAUUCUUUGAGGGGGGAAAAAGGUGGCGCAAGGGGCGGUGCAGGCGGGGCUCCGUUCUCGCACUCCAUUGGAAUUCGCAGUCCGCCUUCUCCGAAUGAGCUGCUCCGGACCGCUGUGGCAAAAGGAGACGCCGGGGUGGACAUCAGUGAAUCACCAGCCACCCGCUUAGAACCGCUAGCUACAUCGUGAUAAUAUGUGGCAGCCAGCAACAGAGAGACUGCAGCACUUCCAGACGAUGCUGAAGUCUAAACUGAACGUGCUGACCCUGAAGAAGGAUCCCCUGCCCACGGUGGUGUUCCACGAGCCAGAGGACAUCGAGCUCCGCUCCACCACGCCGCUGCCCAAGAACCGAGCCCCCACUGGCUACAAGGUGGCGUACCUGGGCAAGGUGACGGUCUCAGGCUCCCACUUCCUGUCGGGCUGCACGGAGUCGGCUGUGGCCGGCCUGUGGGAGGGGCGGGCCCGGGGCGACGCCCCCCAGGCCGACGCCCUCCUGGAGAUCCGCCCCUUCCAGGUGCGCCUGCGGCCCCUGGACGAGCGGGGCGGGGCCUCGGUCGCCGCGGAGACGCACCAGGUGUCCCGCAUCGCCUACUGCACGGCGGACCACGGCGUCAGCCCCGCCGUCUUCGCCUGGAUCUACCGCCGCAUCGACGACGACCUCACCUUCCGCAUGGACUGCCACGCCGUGGAGUGCGCCAGCAAGGUGGAGGCCAAGCGCCUGGCGCACGCCAUGAUGGAGGCCUUCCGGCAGACGCUGCAGCGCAUGCACAGCGAGGGCCGCAUCUCCGCCCCCGCCGACGCCGCCCCGGCCCCCGCCGACGGCUGAGCCCCCAAACCUGCCUGUGCGGGAGAGGGGGGGGGGGGCGGCGCUUCACAGGACAGCACUG